CUUAUCUUCGUAUGGUGGGGUAUUGUGGAGCAAUGAGUAAAAAGAGUCAGGUAUUGUCAGAAUAUGAUGUUCUUUGUGCGAAUCUACAAUGUCUGAGGGAAAACUUCGUACAGGUUCCUACAUAGAGGAUGCGCGGGGAGCAUGUAUCGGUGAUUUUUUCCUCUGGAAAAAAUUUUUAAUAGAGAAGAAUAAGCCAAUUUGGGUUCCUUUGCAAUUAUUGGAUGCUUUGCUGAGAGGCUAUGGUCAAGUCGCGUUUGCUAAUAAUCCACUAAGUGGAUUGUUAAUAGUAAUCGCUUUAGGAGCAACGGCACCAAAGAUCUUGGCCUUUUCUGCUGCGACCGGCUUUCUAGGCCUUUUGCUUUCCGUGCUGAUGAAAGAUUCUCAACAUAUUAUAGAAAAUGGAUUGACCGUAUUGAAUCCACUUUUAAUUGGUACUCUGUCGUGCAAUUUGGUACCAAAGUUUUAUGGUGAAUUUGAUGCUUUUAGUUAUCUACUUAUACUCAUAGGAACCAUAAUCAGUGUUUAUCUGGCUCGAUCUUUGGAGACUGUUAAAUUUCCAUGUACGGUAUGGGCGUUUAAUCUAGUAGAAUUAGUAUUACUUUUUGUUUUUACCACGCAGAAUGGUUUUACCGAAUCGUUCAAAAUUAAAGGCACAGACAAUGCAACAAGUGAUGCAAGGACAAACGAUGCCAGUUUUAUCGCGGAGAAUGUAACAGACGUUAACGUCGACUGGGGAAUGGUGUUCCGAGGAAUGGUCGUUUCAUCGUCACAAUUGUUCAGCGUGGACAACGUCGUAACAGGAGCUGUUAUUUAUUUAGCAGUUUUAAUCUAUUCCCCAGCUACUGCCGGAUUUUCUUUUGCAGGUGUAUUUAUUGGUACACUCGCAGGCUUAGAACUUGGGGCACCACACAAUGAGGUAUUCACGGGAUUAUGGGGAUUCAACUGUUUCUUGACUGGUGCCGCCUUAGGAGGUAAUUUAUUCGUUAUUAACGUACAGACUGCUGCUGCAACUCUCGUAGCGAUCGUUUACACGGUGGUACUUCAAUAUGUCCUCCGAAUUAUAUUCGGCAAAGUGAGUAGGUAUUAUUCCACAAUAGAAUGUGCAAUUAUGUUAAUAACAAUUCGUUUCCAGGUCGGUUUACCAUUUUUAACACUGCCCUUUGUAAUUAGCUCAAGUUUGUUUUUACAAUUACGAAGUGCAUCGUUGAGUGCAGUUUUUCCAAAACCAUUGCAAUCUUCUUAUCCCGAGAAGCAACGUCACGAUUAUCUUACAAAUAGAAAGAAAAUCAUGCAAGAGAACGUCGACGAUUCCGAGAUGGACCCUGCACUUCCUUAGGAUCAGAAGAUACGAUCAAUUACUUCUUGGAAUAUAAUAAAAUAUAUUAUACUAUUUGUUAUGUAUAGAUAAUAUUACUUGUAUUCAUAUUUGCUUUAUUUACAAAAGUACCGAUAGGACAUUCAAUGAAAUCUCUGUAUAAAUAUCUUUAGUUUUCCUGUAAUACUUCGAUAAG